AAGCCGGAAGAAAAACAACAACCAGUUAGUUUCUUCUUCUUUUUUUUUAAAGAGCACUACUAUAUACAAUGGACGUGGUGGAGACCAAACUCCCAGGGUCCCAUGGGCCCAAAGGUAUCCAUGGAGACCAAGUAACGCAGACCCUGAGGGGGGUGAAGCAGGAGGACUGUGGGCCCCUAACAACACCCCUAACAACAUACCUGAGUUUUGCCCAUGUGAAAACAGAAGAAGAGGAGGAAGAGAUAUGGGGUGUGGCUCACCCAAGUACAGGGUUCUUCAACGUCAAGAAGGAGGAAGAGGAAGAAGCCAUAAUAUAUCCUAUACAGCCUAAUGACAACCCAAGCCCCACUUCUGACAUUACCAGCCACAGUUCUGACGACUCCACCCCUGACAAUGGCCCUAGAGCCACCCCUGACAAUGGCCCUAGAGCCACCCCUGACAAGAACAACCCCCACCAUAACAACGACCCCAGGUCUGGCCCUGCCGGUGGAGGGGCAUCGGACAAGGACCCUGCAUCCAGAGAGGAAGAUGAGGAGGGAGAGGAGAGGAGCCCCCAGAUCUCAGCAAACCCAGGGACUAAGCCCAACACGACCAAAGGCGGUCAUCAGAGGCCGUUCCCCUGCUCUAGGUGUGGGAAGCGUUUAUCCACCACUGUUAGCUUAGACAAACACCAGGUCAUCCACACCCGACUGAGACCGUACCCCUGCUCCGUACCGGCCUGCGCCAAGAGGUUCUGCUCACCAGCCGAGCUGAAGAGACACACACUCACACACACAGGAGAGAGACCCUUCCCCUGUCCAGACUGUGACAAGAGCUUCACCAUACUGGCUGCUUUAAAGACCCACCAGAGAACACACACAGGAGAGAGACCUUACGUCUGUGAGGUGUGUGGGAAGGGCUUCGCCCAAACGGGGAACCUGAAAUCCCAUGAGCGCAGGCACACCGGAGAGAGACCGUUCUGCUGCUCCUUCUGUGGGAAGACCUUUGUAGAGUCUGGCCAUCUGAAGAAGCACCAGCGUAUCCAUACAGGAGAGAAACCGUACCACUGCAGCAGCUGCCCCAUGAAGUUCCCUUCCUCCAGUGAGCUCAGGGUCCAUGAGAAGAUCCACAGCCAGGACAAGCCUCACAGCUGUUCCUACUGCGACAAGGCAUUCAAACAGCUGUCCAACCUCAAGCUCCACCAGAGAAUACACUCUGACCAGAAGCCUUACGCCUGCUCCUACUGCGACAAGACCUUCCGUGCUCAGGGGACCUUAAAGGUGCACCUGAGGACUCACACAGGAGAGAGGCCUUACCCCUGCUCCGACUGUGACAAGCGGUUCAUCACGUCCUCAGAGUUGAAGGUGCACCAGAGGAUUCACACGGGAGAGAAGCCCUUCUACUGCUACGACUGUGGGAAGAGUUACUAUCAGCUGAAGCAGCUGAAGGAACAUAUGAAGUUCAACCCGGACCACAGCACCACACGUAGCGGACUCAGUAACAUAGAGGACGAGGACAAGCUCUACUCUACGUCACGUGAUGAUGUAACGAUGUCUUGAUUUUUAAAAUAUUUUUGACUAGAAACAGACAUUGCAUUUUUUUUUAAUUGUUUUUUUAUUUAACUAGGCAAGUCAGUUAAGAACAAAUUCUUAUUUAUAAUGACGACCCAC